CUUAGGCACUACUAGUAAGCUGGAAACGCUUUCGACACGUCUCUGUUGUGCUCACAACGAUGGAAGACUACGAACCUUUGCUAGUGGAAACAACAGUCAUCAAGUCAUCUGAUUCCGAAUCAAUCAGACCGAUCACGGUCUACCAAGCGCUGCAGGCGGAACGCUUACCCAACGAUGUUCAGUUCUCGCUUGGUGGGGCCAAAUUCGAUAAGGUCCUGCUGGUCACCCAUGCCAUGUUGCGAGAUACCAGUGAUGCUCGAGGUGCUUAUAACCUCGAUGAUGGUACUGGGAGGAUAUCCGGGUCAUGGGUUAACAACGCAGGACUGGAUCAUGCCAUGUUCUCGGCCAUGAUACAUCAAUUUGACAACAGUCUGGCUUGUGUCAUGGGCAAUAUUGUCCAGCGUGGCCAGUAUAAAAUGAUCAAUAUUGAGUCCAUGGUUGGGGCAAGGUAUCACCAGGCUAUGUAUCAUGCUCUCGAUUGCAUGAGGACAAGUUUGAUGAUUGAGAGGCACAAAGAACAAGCUCACAAUACAGACGAGAUGCUUGUCGUCCAGGAACUCAAAGUGGAUGUGGAAGACUCGAUAGCAGCCGACUCACGGACAUUUGAACAAUCCUAUCGUUCAUUUUUUGAUCUGCCCCAGAAUGAUGAAGGUAGAAAUGUCUGAGUUCCGCGUCAACCUCAAACCAAGCUGCAUCCCAACUUCCUGCACUACCUCUCGCACUUAAGCAUGAACCUCCUCAUUCUGCCAUUGUUCGUGUAGCCCAUCCUUGCACAGUCACGCGAACACCGAGCCCCCUUUCUUCCUUUGGCUCAUCGCUCCAAAUCAGUUCUCAUUAUAUUCCACAAUAUUACAGCCAGCUAGCUCAAUUGACAGCAACACAACUCGCUAUCGUGUCCAGCCUCAAUCAGCCCCAGGCUAAUAAUAAGUAUGGGGUUCGGAUACUUGAUGUGUACGAACACGUGAGACAGGUAAUCGAGAUCACUCAGGAAGAAUUCAGCACCGACAUAGAAUGGCUUCUUGAAGAAAUAUACAU